AUCUAGGGUCUAUGAGGGUCUAGCCGUUUUCCGUUUUUCGUCUCAGGCAUUAGAGACGCGCGAGUGUAAAUUGAAAUUACUUUGAAUUUAUUUUAAAUUAUAAAAAUAAAUUUUUAUUUAAAAUUAUUCCUGAGAUUCUGAAAGUAUACGAUAGUUAGAUAGUUUGAAAAUUAUUUUACUGUUAUAAUAAUAAAUAUACAUCUAUAUAUUUACGGAAAAUGCUUAGGGAAGUCGUUAUAUACAGCAUGAAAAUGAGUCAGCUUCCUAAAAUGGGUGCUAAUAUUUUCCGCAGACUUCAUUCCAGUCACAAGAAACGAGCUAUCGUCCCGCGGUCAAAUAAACUUGGAUCAGCUCGGCACCUUGACGAGCCUCUAGCCAUUCUUUCAGAUCUUGAGAGCCAACAGACGCGCAAUUACAGUUUCAUCCAUGACAGCCACUAUAUGUACACUAAGAAUCAAGAUCAUGGCGCUAAUGCAGAGGAUGUUCUCUUUGAUAUGUUUAAAAAUGAGGAGACCGAUUUGUUGUCUGUUGGAAAAUUUUUGGCUGCGUUACGAAUAACUGGAUUAAGAAAAAAUGAUCCAAGACUCCAAGAGUUGACGGACAAUUUAAAAGCCGAGCAUUUAAAAACUGGUGGAGCUGAAGGUGUGUCUCACGAGACACAGAAACUUAAUCGUGAGCAAUUUAAAAGAAUAGUGACACCAAAUAUUGCAUUAAUUUCACGAGCAUUCAGACACCAGUUUGUGAUCCCCGACUGGGCCGGUUUGACAAAGCAUAUAGAGGACUUCUAUUGGAAGUGCAAGACCAACACCGAGGGGAAAGUAGCUUCUUACAUACCUCAACUAGCUCGGAUGAAUCCAGAAUACUGGGGUGUCUCGGUUUGCACCAUUGACGGUCAGCGAUUCAGCAUCGGGGACACCACUGUACCUUUCACUUUACAAAGUUGUAGUAAACCCCUGACCUAUGCCAUUGCACUGGAGAGUUUGGGUCCUCAAGUAGUCCAUCAGUACGUUGGUCAAGAGCCCUCGGGUAGAAAUUUCAACGAACUUGUUCUCGAUCACAAUAAGAAGCCGCACAACCCGAUGAUAAAUGCCGGUGCUAUUUUAAUCUGCAGUCUUCUGAAAAGUUUAAUAAAACCCGAGAUGACGUUGGCGGAGAAAUUUGACUUCACGAUGAACUGCUUCAAGAAGAUGGCAGGUGGAGAGAACCUGGGGUUCAAUAACGCUGUUUUUCUGUCCGAGCGCGAGGCCGCUGAUAGAAAUUACGCGCUUGGAUUUUACAUGCGGGAGCACAAUUGCUACCCGGACAAGAGCAACCUCAGGGACAUCAUGGACUUUUACUUCCAAUGCUGCGCUAUGGAGUCGAACUGCGACGCGAUGUCCGUGAUGGCUGCCACCCUCGCCAACGGAGGGAUCUGCCCCAUCACCGAGGAGAAGGUCCUCAAACCUGAAAGUGUUCGCGAUGUUCUUAGUCUGAUGCACAGUUGCGGAAUGUAUGACUACAGUGGGCAGUUUGCUUUCAGAGUAGGUAUACCUGCUAAGUCAGGAGUAUCUGGCAGCCUGCUAGUAGUUAUUCCCAACGUAAUGGGGAUCUGCACUUGGUCGCCGCCUCUAGACUCACUUGGAAACUCUUGCAGAGGAGUCCAGUUCUGCGAGGAACUUGUAAACGAAUUUAAUUUCCACAGAUACGAUAAUCUCAAGCAUGCCACCAACAAAAAAGACCCCAGGAGGCACAAGUACGAGACCAAAGGCCUGUCGAUAGUUAAUCUGCUGUUCAGCGCAGCCAAUGGAGACGUCACUGCCAUGCGGAGGCAUCGUCUAAGCGGGAUGGAUAUGACACUAUCAGAUUAUGAUGGACGUACAGCUUUACAUUUGGCGGCGAGCGAAGGCCAUCUUGACUGCGUUGAGUUUCUCAUCGAGCAGUGCGGAGUCCCUCACGAUCCCAAGGACAGAUGGGGCAACCGGCCAGUAGAUGAAGCUGAGACCUUCGGUCACACCCAGGUCGUCGAGUACCUGAAAAACUACGCCGUUAUUUCUAAGUCAGAGCAACCGCCAGAAGAUUCUGAAAACAACAACAACAACAAUAAUAAUAAUGAUAAUAAUAAUAGUUCUAACAAUAAUAACAAUAGUACUAAUCCAACGGAGACUGAUAAUGCCAAUGGGAAAUCACCACUUCCUUAAUUUAUGUUGUAUUAAAUUAAUUUUAAACUAAUUGAAAAUGAGACUGUACGUUAAAGCCUUAGACUUAGUCAAUGGAACAUGUCAAUACGCUAUAUAGAUUCUUACUAAAUCUGUGAUUUAUUUAAGCUUCCUUAUAUUUUAUUAUUAAUUUUACUUUAUUUUCUUUUAUUUUAUUGUCUAUUACUAUUAUUGGUUUUUUUUUGUAUUUAAAAGUAAUUUUUAACAGUUGGAAUAGAAUUGUAAAUUUUAUUUUUUUGGCUUUAAGUUUUUUAGAAAAAAAAUUUUUAUUUUAUUUUUGACAUUCUGUAAAUAUUUAGAAAAUUUUUUUGAACAUUGCGACUGGAUUCAAACUUUGAAUUAUAAGAAAAUUUGAGAAUUUGAAUUUCGUAUUUAGUUUAAAAUAUUAAAUUUUUGAGCAAAAUUUUGAAAAUAAUCAAAAAUCUACAAAUAAUUUAAAAAUUAUACCAAGUAAAAUUUUUAUUAAAAAAUUCAUUAAUUUUUAUUUAUUGUCACAAUUAAAAAUUUUAAAUUUAUCUAAAAAAAACUGUCAAAAAAAUAAAAAUUAUAAUUACUAUUGUUAUUAAUUAUCGUCCAAAGAAUUACUUAAAAAAUUAAUUAGAAAAAUGACAUAUCUUUUGAAGUAUUAUUUACUAAUUAAAAAUAUUAAGCCAGUUAGAAUGCAAUUAAAUGAUGUCUGGAAUGUAAAACAUUCGUUGGUUACAAAGUACCCAGAAAAAAAAUGAAAAAUAAUAAUAAUAAUAAAAUAUAUAAGAAUGCUAUUGCAUUAUCAGUUGAAAUGUACAAAAUGCCCGCAGUUACGCGGAUGAUUGAUAAGCAGUAACUAGAGUUUUAUGAUGAUAAAGAUAUUAAUUAAAAAAGACAAUAAUUAUUAUAUAUAUAUAUUGCCAUGAAAGAGGAGAAUAAUGCAGGCAUUACCUGAGAUUCCAUCCAUCUCUAAAUAGAAUUGUCGAUAUUACAUAAAUAUAAAUAUUGUGAGUUGCCAUUGCGUGUUAAUUUUCUUAUCAAUUGAAUUCCCACUCAAGCUUCAGCUGUUGACGAUUUAUCACUGGAAUACCCAUAGAUUGAUUGCGAUUAAGUAAUCAAUUUAAUCGUUAGUAACCAAUGACCCCGCUUUAGUUUUUAUUAUGCAUAUGUCAAGUCCAAUAGCAAUUAUCGCACGCGAUUUAUCUUUUCAGUGAUGCAUAAAUAUCCUAGAAAAGUUAACUCUUCUUUUUCAUUUUUAUUUUAUUUUAUCUUUUUAUUUGUAAGUUGUAAUUAGUAUCUUGUGCUUUGAUUACCUAAUGUUACAUACACUUGAUAAAUUUAAGUACUUAAGACCGUUAGCAGUUAAAAUAUAAAUAUUAUUAAAUUAUUGUCAAUGUAUUCAAUGCUCGUUUUAACGACAAGUAUUUUUUAAAAAUCCUAAAUCAAAAUACAAGACAAUAAAGUUAAAUAAAAAUU